CUAUUCCCCCAACCCUUUGCAACAAAAACCUGGACCCUCUACCAAACCUACAGAGUAGUUUGUACUGUAUAGCUAGACUACCCUUCUUAGUUUACUCAUACAACGUUUCUAGUUAAAUUCCAAUUACCCAUUUUUGUUUGGGCGUGGCAUUACUUUGAAUUCAUUUUCUUAUUAUUCACAAGAGUUUUGAAAGUGCCUUAAUAAUAUUCAUCAAAUAUUCACAAUCAUGAUUCUUCUCUUUAACGUUGCCAAGGCUACGAAGGUUUCAGCCUAGUAUAGCUAGCAGUAUAAAACUCAAGUUACAAGAGAGGCAUACAAUGAACUACUGUCCAUGUGGCGCCACACCUCUGUCUGUUCUGCAAAAGCAGGACUGUUCUAAUGGUGAUAGUGCCCCUACUUGUGGUCGCAGGUGUGGUAAAGAGAAGCUAAUUUGUUCUACCUCAGGAGAGCAGCACAUUUGUCGUUCCCAAUGCCAUAAUGGACCGUGUCCACCAUGCACAAAAUCACGUGUUGUGCAGUGCAUUGAGUGCAAGGAUAAAGUGCGUGUUGACUGUCAAGACCUAAAACAAACAGAGGAGUAUAUAUGUGGAAGGUGCUUCAAACCCUGUAAUAAAGUGAAGAAUUGUGGACGUCAUUGGUGUUACAAGCACAAGUGUCAGGGAUCGGACUCAUCACACUUGUGUGAUAAGGUGUGCAAUAGACGACUUGGAUGUGGUAACCAUGAUUGUGACCAACCCUGCCACAGUGGAGACUGCAAAAUGUGUCCCCAUACAAGUAUUCACAAACUUGACUGUGGCUGUAGUGAGGAAGUGGUAGUACCAUGUGCAGCCACAUUACCAACAUGCAACAAACCAUGUGCACGAAUCCAUGCCUGUGAUCAUGAAGUGACCCAUAUGUGUCAUAAUAAAGACGCAUGUCCUCCAUGCACUACUCUAACAGACAAAAUGUGUACUGGUGGACACAAGACAAUUACAAUGCCAUGUUAUACAAAAAUCAUGACAUGUGAUAGCAUUUGUGGAAAAAUACUUCCAUGUGGGCAGCACCAGUGUCAAAGAAAGUGUCAUGAUGGUUACUGCACUAAAACCUCGGAAAAGUGCAAGCAGCUUUGCCAAACCCUUCGCAACAAUUGUGGGCAUAUGUGUGGUUUAGUUUGUCAUGCCCCGAAAGAGUGCCCAAAGACUAAUUGCAUGGAAAAGUUAACUGUAACAUGUAAGUGUGGUAAGAUAAAACAACAAAAGCCUUGCUUCUUGUUGGUAACGGGCUCAGAAACUGAUCACAUGUUCCUGCAAAGUCCUCAAAAGAUCUUACAAUGUGACAGUGAAUGCAGGAGGAAUUCACAGGCCAACUUGCCUCAGGACAGAACAAAUGAUGUGGAUUUCAUGGAUUUUGUGAAGUCAGAACUGCAAUGGUUUACUGAACAGGCUAAGAAGGGACUGGUUGAACCAAGGUACAAGUUUGCAGCUACAUCAAAAGAAAACAGACACAUCAUUCAUGCUCUGGCACCACAUUAUGGUUGUACAACUGAUAGCUAUGGCACGGGCCCACAGCGUUACACUGCGGUUAGCUAUGUAGGUGAAACUUAAAGGAGAAGCACCGAAACAAUGACAGAAGAGUUUUUUCUAUUAUUGCACAGUUAUAGUUAGCUAUACUCUUGAAGAAACAUUUUAUUAAAGCUACCUUCAUGAAUAAUCGGGAAGCUUUUGUGGCCAUGGGUACAUAAAGCACUAAACCACAAACUGCUUCCAUAUCUGCAAUGAAGUGAAGACAUAUUUGCACACAUGGUUUUGGCAUACUGAUGAGGACCAUUAGGUAUUUGGCAUUUCCAAACCUGUCAAUUGUGCUUGUGUUAGCUUGUAACUCCCUGGAGGAGGUAUGUCAGCGCUGAUCUUGUAGAAGUAAAUUACCUCACUCAAUCACUUACAUCAUCUUGAAACUAGUCAUGUCAACAAAGAGGUCAAAGCAAAGCAAAGGCAAACAAAUCAACUA